GUUAAAAAUUUAGGGUUCUAUUGAAUUUAUAGUAUAAUGGUAUUGGAAAUCGAAAAAGGUUGAGAUUUUGAUUGUUGAGUUUGAGUUGAGCUAAUGGGGAAUAAUUGUGUUGGACCUAAAUUGGCUAACAAUGGGUUCUUACAAUCUGUUACUGCAGCUGUGUGGAAACCUAAUCAGUCGGAGAAUUUACCACUCCCAAAUGAAGGGGAACCUAAUUCAGAGAAUUCGGUUGAUUCAUCGAAAGGCGCGGUGGAUAGAUCUGGUAUUCAAGGUAAUCCACCUCCACAUCUUAUGAUAAAUGCUGAUACUCAAAUGGGUGUUAAAGAGAAUAAUGAUGUAGUGAUUGCUAAUGAUGUUACUGUUACUGAUAAGCCCCCUGUGGAAGGGGUGAAACAGAACAAGCCUACUCAUGUUAGGAGAACGUCGAGUAUUGGGGUUCAGAUUGAAUCUGUUUUAGGACGAAAAACGGGUAAUUUGAAGGAGAUUUAUAGUUUAGGGAGGAAGUUAGGACAAGGGCAGUUUGGGACGACGUUUUUAUGUUUAGGGAAGUCAUGUGGGAAGCAGUAUGCGUGUAAGUCCAUUGCGAAAAGGAGGUUGACAACUGAGGAGGAUGUAGAGGAUGUGAGAAGGGAGAUUCAGAUAAUGCAUCAUUUGGCAGGACAACCAAGUGUGGUACAGAUUGUGGGGGCGUACGAGGAUGCUGUUGCAGUUCAUGUUGUAAUGGAGCUUUGUGCAGGUGGGGAGCUUUUCGAUAGGAUUUUACAAAGAGGGCAUUAUUCAGAGAAGAAGGCAGCUGAACUUGCAAGAGUAAUAGUAGGUGUUGUAGAAGCAUGUCAUUCCUUGGGUGUUAUGCAUAGGGACCUGAAACCCGAAAACUUUCUAUUUGCUGAUCAGGAAGAGGAAUCAACUCUGAAGGCGAUUGACUUCGGAUUAUCAGUGUUCUUCAAGCCAGGUGAAAUCUUCAAUGAUGUUGUUGGAAGCCCUUACUAUGUGGCCCCAGAAGUGUUGCGGAAGCAUUAUGGUCUAGAAUGUGAUAUUUGGAGUGCUGGAGUCAUUAUUUAUAUACUGCUUAGCGGCGUUCCCCCAUUUUGGGAUGAGACGGAGCAAGGAAUAUUUGAACAAGUUUUAACAGGGGAACUUGACUUUGCAUCAGAACCCUGGCCUGCUAUAUCAGAAAGUGCAAAAGAUUUAGUCAGAAAAAUGCUGGUGAGAGAUCCCAAAAAGCGGUUGACAGCUCAUGAAGUUCUUUGUCAUCCAUGGGUUCGUGUUGGUGGGGUUGCUCCAGAUAAGCCUCUUGAUUGUGCUGUUCUAAGUCGCCUCAAUCAGUUUUCUGCAAUGAAUAAAUUAAAGAAGAUAGCAAUCAGAGUAAUUGCUGAAAGUCUGUCUGGAGAGGAAAUUGCAGGACUGAAGGAAAUGUUCAAAAUGAUAGACGCAGAUAAUAGUGGACACAUUACGCUAGAAGAACUGAAAACGGGUUUGGAAAGAGUGGGUGCCAAUCUGAACGAUUCAGAAAUAGUUAGUUUAAUGCAAGCGGCAGAUGUUGAUAAUAGUGGUACCAUUGAUUAUGGCGAGUUUAUAGCUGCUAUGCUCCAUCUAAACAAAAUUCAGAAGGAAGAUCACAUGUAUGCCGCUUUUUCAUAUUUUGAUGAAGAUGGUAGUGGAUAUAUCACGCAGGAUGAGCUCCAAAAGGCUUGUGAUAAGUUUGGUUUAAGCAAUAUUCCCAUCGAAGAGCUUAUGCGCGAAGUUGAUCAAGAUAAUGAUGGACGCAUCGAUUACAGUGAAUUUGUAGCGAUGAUGCAAGACACUGGCUUUGGUGACAAAGGAAGCAAAAGUGUGUUGUAAAAAUUGGAAUUCAAUAGGCCUUAAAGCUUGGCAAACUUGAUGCUAGUGAUAAAACAUAUACUACUUGUGUAUUAUCAUCCACCUUAGUACAUGAAACAGAAACUUGGAUUGCAUUUACUUUGCAGGAUCAACAACC